AUGAUAACCUACUUAUGGGUAUCCUAUCCUGAAGGUAAUUGCAUACCCGAUGACAUGUCCGUUGUCAACUACAAACAUGAACACGGUUACUCCCGUAUAGUAGGAGUUACCCGACUAUGUCGGGGAACAAGGGGAUCCGCUCGCCCCUUAAGCCACACACCACGAAACCGACCGGCCAUAUCGGUUGGUGUGUCCGCCUGGACACUGGUAUCCAUAUCGUUGGAAAGGUAUUUUGCAAUCUGCCGGCCCCUGGAGUCCAGACAAUGGCAAACCCUAUCCCAUUCCUAUCGUGUAAUUACCGGCAUUUGGUUAACUAAUAUCAUAAUAAUGUUACCGAUCUGUAUAUUCAGUCAACUAUUGCCAACUAAUCAAACAGGAAAGUACAAGUGCCGGGAACAAUGGCCAUCGGAUACAAUGGAGGAAAUGUUUAAUAUAUUAUUGGUAACUGUGCUACUGGUAAUACCCGGCCUGGUUAUCAUAACUGCCUAUACAAUGGUCAGCCGUGAAUUGCACGGUAUUAGCAUAUUUAGACCGGAUAUUAAUGAUAAUGCUAUUGAUGUCGAUGACGAUGAUGAUGACAAUGAUGAUAAUGCUAGAUAUUCACCGGGCUAUAAAACAGCAGCAACUAACCCGGGUAUUUAA